AUGUGGCAAAAAAAUAUAAAUAUUGACAAAGAUCUUGAAAAUCAAAUUCGUAAAGAAGCAUCAUUUUGGAGAAUGGUUCUUCAAAGGUUAUUUGAUAUUAUAAUUACUCUUGCAACUAAUUCUUUGGCAUUAAGAGGACAUCGGGAGGAUUUAAGUCUAGAAGGAUAUCACGGCAAUUUUUUAUCAGUUGUACAACUUGUCUCCAGAUAUGAUCAAGUCCUAAAUCAAGUUUUGGAAAUGCCAAAAGGAUCAACGAGAUAUCUCAGUCCAACCGUUCAAAAUGAAAUGAUUGAGUGUAUAGGUAAUACACUUGAAGGCCAUUUGUUGGAAAACAUUCGAGCAUCGCCAUUUUUCGCUAUUAUUAUGAAUACCACGCAAGAUAUAGCAAAAGUAGAUCAGCUGAGCAUUGUUGUAAGGUACGCAGCAAUAUCCAGGUCUGAAAAUGGGCAGCCAGUUGAUAUAAAAGUAAAAGAAGUGUUUCUUGGUUUUUAUGCUGUCACUAAGCAUAGUGCUGUAGAUUUAGUUAAACAGGUGAUUACAUUAUUUUCCCAUAAAAAUCUUGAUUUAAAAAAGUGUGUAGGCCAAGGUUAUGAUGGGGCAAGUGUAAUGAGUGGUAGGUAUAAUAGCGUACAAAAGCAUAUUAAGGAUAUUCAACCAAACGCUGAGUAUGUACAUUGUGCCAGUCAUAAUUUAAAUUUAGUAAUAAACGAUGCUGUUCGCGGUUGUAUGGAAAUACAGCAUUUUUUCGUUACUUUACAAGAGCUGUAUAACUUUUUGGGAAACAGUAUUAAGCGCUGGGAUCUGUUAUCAAAAUUUACAAGCGAAUCUGAAGUCACUUUGAAAAAAUUAAAUCCGACAAGAUGGUCUAGUAGGAUAAAUACAAUAACUGCAGUUAAACUCCGGUUUUUUGAUAUUAUUAAAUGUCUAUCUGAAAUAGCUCUUAACUCAAAAAAUGUUGACGAACGCAAUGAAGCAGAUAAUAUUAAAAAAAAAUUGUUUAAAUUUGAAUUUGUGUUGCUUUGUGAAUUCAUGUACCAUGUUUUAAACAACAUAAAUUAUGCAUCCAAAAUUUUACAAAAAGUUGAUAUUGAUUUGGAUCAAGCAACUUCUGAUCACCGAUUUGGUAACAGAAAAGAGAUAUUUAAAAUAACCAUUUUUAAUAAUAUAUUGGACAUAAUUAUCACUCAAUUAAAUACACGUUUUAUUGGUAUGAGUAAAGUCAACAAAAUAUUUGAUUUUUUAACUCCAAAAGUAUUACGUAGUAUUGACGAAAGAACUCUGUUGCAAAAAUGUGAUCAGUUUCAAAGCAAGUAUUCAGAUGUAAUAGGACCAAAUUUUUCGCUCCAGUUUCUCAAUGUUUACCAUCGAACUUUUCCUGAAUUAACUGAGACGUGUAAUGUUUACCAGUUAUGCAAGGAUAUAAUAACCAAAUUCGGAGUGAUGGAAUGUGAUAUAACAGAAGUGUUCAUGGCAAUUUUACUAUUUUAUACCAUUCCUGUAACUUCAGCAGGAGCUGAAAGAUCCUUCAGCAAACUAAAAAUAAUUAAAAAUUAUCUUAGAAAUAGUACCGGACAAGAUCGACUCAAAUAUUUAUCAUUGAUUGCAGUUGAAAACAAAGCAGCUUCAAAAUUGGAUUUAAGUGAAGUGAUAGAUCAAUUUGCUAAUAUUAAAGCUCGCACAGCUAUACAAAUGGAAAAUGGCACUAUUAUAGCUAAAAAAUCUCACACUCAUGAAGCUCAUGGUCCAAUGUUUAAUGAGCAAGAAGUUAUUAAACGUUUUAGGAGCACUUUGAUUGAAAGAUCAAAGACAGAGACUACGCCUCUAAAAGUUAUAUAUGAUGAAGAAAUAGUUAGGUAUGGGUGA